AUGGAGAAAGCAACUACUGUCGAUGCGAAGGAAUUGGAGCAGCUUGCAUUGCAGCGGCUUCGCGCGAUCAAAGGCAUGGAAUUCGACGCGAAAGAUGAAAUCCGUAAAGCCGACCAGGACAUCCAAACGGUGAGGGAGCAGAUGAGGGAGCAGAUCAAAGCUUUGGAAAGGAAAAAGGAAAGAACGCGACAGCACAAGAGAGAUGUCCGGCGCGAACACCUUCCCUCAGCUCUCUCCGCGUACACCGCAUCAUGGAGUAAACCCUUCUUCGAGCAAAUGCAGCAACGUCUGCCUCGUGAAAUUCGCGACAUUGUAUACACAUACAUCUGGACCGACACGACAUUGAAAGAGGCUGCUUUGCAAGAUUUUGCAAAGCGCGGAUGCUUCCGUCGCGCCAAAGAUUGCGACAUGUUAGUAACAACGCAUCACUCGGCAAAGACGAACAGCUGCUAUCAGCAUGGCCGAGUUCCGUACUUCAUGAGGCCUGGAUUCGUCGAAGAUAAAUCAGCCCGAGAGAUCGUCGAAUCGUGGUACAGAUCGAUAUCAAGAGUACAACCCGACGUAUGGGUACUACUGACCAUACGCGAACUCGAAUGCAUCAUCCUUGGUGACGCCUUCUCUGUCGGUCUGGAUGUCACGACCGUUGUUCGCGAGCUGACGCUCAAGCUGUUGACUGACAGAGUCCUGGAGAACAAAGAUGACGAAACCAGCGAAUCGAAACGAACGAUCAACGCGCUGCUCCAAAUAAAGAACAAGGCAAAUUUCAAAUUAACACUGCGAUUAAAACAGUUAUUCCUCCAAUUCAACUGCUGGCCUACUAUCUUCGACAUCCUCCGACCCAUGAUCGAAACGUUUGAGAAAGAAGGCGCGCAUGUAAAACUCCUUCUCGUCUACGCCCAAAAACUGAAACCGAAGAUGGAGUUUAAUAUGCUUCCCGCAUUGAAGGAUCCCAAAUACGAUUGGAGAGGAGAAGCUGCCCAUUACUUCGACAGCGACUACCGCGUACGCGAUCACCACAAACACUACCGCAUCGAAAACGACGCAGACUAUGAGCCGGAGAGACUAAAGGACAUGUAUCACAGCGACGAUGCCUGGCAUUCAGAGGAUGAACUAGAUCGUGUAGACUGGGAUUACUGGAACGACAGCUGGGAUGGAAUAAACGAUGAUGGCUCAACGUGGUUAUAUGUCAAGGAGAAACCUCGUUCGCCUUCUCCAUCGCCGGAACGGUAUCUUGGAACUGUGUUUAGACCGGAACAGAUCGAAGGUUGGUCUGAGCUGGAAAGCGAAGGCGAGGAGGGUGAUAGCGAAGGUGAGGAGGAUGAUAGCGAAAGUGAGGAGGAUGAAUAUUUUUACUAG